AUGUCUGACGACACGGUACAUAGGUCAGAUAGCCCUAAUCACGGCGACAAACAAAUGCCAACUUCCUCAACUGUACAAACGAGAGGCCACUUGGCAAUGGAGCACCUUGUGUCACACUGAAAAGAAGCCCGUUUUGAUUCGAUUCGAUUACUUGCGAUGCUUGUUUUACACUGAAUACUUUCACUCCACUAUGCAGUUAUUCGAGAUGGUAUGAGACGAGACCGAGAUAGAUGAUGGUAUAGGCCAUUUCGCGCUAGCUUGUCACGUUUUUCUUUCCGUCAAAAGGCCAGGGUAAAUUUGACCAAAUUUCGCUUCAAGACCUUUGUUUCUUGCCGUUAUAAACGCAGAAAUUUGAUCUGAUUUGGUAUACGGUCUUUUUGGCGGAAAGAAAAACGUGACAAGCUGGCGCGGAAUAGGCUAUAUCAGUCUGCAGACAAAACAAGAGAAAGAGGAGAAAAAGGUUAGGCAAUGAGAACCUGGAUGGAAGGCCGGAAAUUUAGAAAAAAAAAAUGAGAAAAUUGGAAAGUUGUUUCAGAGUAGAGAUGAAUAAACAUUAUCCUUACAAAAAAAUCCAUAAGAAAAAUGUUGCUUCAUCGGAAAACUUUGGCUCUAAAAUCUUGUACCAGUAUGAUAAAAUUUAAGGCGAAUAAUUGACAACUUCAAAAAUAUUCAAUGUCAUUUGAGAAGAAAUAAUCAACUAUCUAUAAAUCGGACUAAAUGGGAUCAAACUCAUUAAUAUUCUAAUCAAAGUAAUUAUUCAAACAUCAAAAAAGUUAGGAACCUUGCAAACAAUUGAAAUCAGAACACCUCAAAAAACUGAACCUUAAAAAGUUAUGGGGUUAAUAUAUCAGUUUUUCUUAAUAUUUCGACUUUGAAAUGAGGUUCAUGGCCAUAUUCUUGGGAGUUCAUUGUCAGACGGGAGAUGCACAACCUCAAUAUAUUUCAAGGUCAAUUGCCGCAUUCGAGAAAAAGAGAAAGAAAAUUACUUAUUUUACUAGGUCGAACUCCUGAGCUCCAAGGAAAAAUCAAACUAAGCUCACUAUAUGAACAACUGUUCCAAAAAACUAUAGCCAAUGGUUAUGCCGAUGGUACAACGCUAAGUUUUUUUUCUUAGAGAGACAAAAGCGAUCCAUCACGUUCUUCGCACAAUUUGGAACUUGAUGGAUCAUCUCACCUUUCUCUACCGCCUUUCGUGCUGCACUAACUCUUGGGAAACUCGCUUUUUUUUUAAUCAUAUCAUAGGUUUGACUGGAUGGCGCGAAACGUGUGUGUAAAAAAAGUGUAGCGCCCUGGGGCGGAUAACCGUUCAAAUGUUCCUUGUUGAUUGCUGACGUCAGUUUUUUUGCAGAAGUCGUUUUUAAUACGCUCUCUAAUUGAGAUCAAAAAAACAUUUCAGCUUAUUGCAGAAAUAUCGCUUUCACGAGAUGUGUUCGGGAGAAGUCUUCUAGGCUAUUAAAACAAGAAUCCGAAUUUCUGAAAAUAUCCAAACGUUCAGAGAAACAUCUUCGUUGUUAAUUAAGAUUAAAUUUUCGAAAGUGGGAUUUUCUGGAACACAGUUUUAUCAGCUAAUACUUCAAAAACAAAUUUUUUAAAGGAAAGCUUGUUCCACACAGACCCCACAUGCCCAAAACUUGAGCUCAGAGAAAAAGCAAAAUUCGUAAAAUUUUUACUUUCCUUUUUUGCCCUCCCCUUACAGUACAACUUUCUUAUAAAAAAUUCAAUCUUCCGGAAGUUUUUUGGAGUUGUCACGACUGUUAUUUUUACCACUCUGAUGAAGUUCCCGUUCAUAGGAAAGAAACAAGAACUUCAAAAACUUGCAAGAUUGAAUUCCCCGCAAGAUGACCAAAAUCGCGUUUUCUGACGGUAAUUUCCCACAGUUAUUCAAGAUGGCAAACGGAACAAUUUUAUUAAAGUGAAAAAAAUCAGAAAAAUGAAUAGCUGAGUUGUUCUUGAAACAGAAAUUGAGUUCUUCAAACGCGCUAUUAUUUCUCUUAAAACUAGACCACACUAAAUUUUUAUUCUUUCUUUCAGACAAGCUCCGUUGACCUUUCCGAUUCUUGUCGCUUUGAUCACCCUGACGUCGCCUACACAUCAUCGACUACAGCCAAAUAUGAUCGGCUACACCUUUCCAUAGGAAAACCGACUGAUUACUCGACGAGACCGGCGGGUGGCGACAAUGGAGCCGCCGAGGACGGCAUCGUGUCUCCGCGGAAAUUCACUUAG